CCGAGCCGGCCCCACAUAGCAGCGCCCCCCUCCGGGCGCUCUUCUCCCGCCGCCUGCCAGCCCCGGGAAGAUGAAUGCCAGCCCCCAGGAGGCUCUCAUCUCCGUCUUUCUGCAGUUCGUGGAGGAUCGGGGCCGCUGGGCCUACCGGGCCCUCAGCCAGACGCACCAGCCCCAGGAUCGGGAGCAGCUGCACAACGAGAUGAACCUGCUGUACCGCAAGAGCAAGGUGGAGUGGAAACAGAGCAAGGACGAGGAGCCCAAGAAGGGUUCAGCUAAGGAGCCUGGUGUGGGGAAGGUGCGGGACGUGGCCUCCUUCCGUCGCCACUUCAGGAUGGGGUUCAUGACUAUGCCUGCCUCACAAGAACAUGCCCCACACCCCUGUGCCAGCAGCAUGGCCCCCCGGUCCCUCUCCUGCCACUCCGUGGGCAGUGUGGACAGCAGCUCGGGAGACGGGGCUGCUGGCUCUCGCAAGCCGCCUGCCAAGCCCAAGCGGCAUCCCAACACCAAGCUGAGUGCAGAGGCCAAGACUGCCUUGGAGCCCGUGGGGAGCAAGAAAGGAGGAGGUUCCCAAAAGUCCAGUGCAGAAGGUCGGGAGCUGGGCCGCAAGGUGCCCCCCCAGAAGCCCAAGCGUAGCCCCAACACCCACUUGUCCGUCUCAUUCGAUGAGGCAUAUGCAGGCAGGCUGCCUGGCCCCCCUCUGGGUGGGGCAAUGCAGCGCUACAGCCGCGCUUUCUCUCACACUCAAGCCAAGGGCUCCGACGCUGAGGAGGACGAGCCAGUGUACAUCGAGAUGGUGGGAGACAUUUUCCGAGGACCUGGACCUCCCUCUCAGGUGCCAGCUGCAGCGGACGAGGACUCUGACGAAAGCGAAGCCAUUUACGAAGAGAUGAAGUACCCACUCCCAGAAGAGGGGGGCGACUGCAGGCCCAAUGGGGCACCAGCCUCGCCACGCCACCAUCCGGCCAAGCGGGAGGCUGCUAAAGCAGUGUCCAGCACCAAAACCUCCCCGUGUGAGAUCCCGCCGCCAUUCCCCAACCUCUUGCAGCACCGCCCCCCUCUGCUGGCCUUUCCACAGGGCAAAAAGGGCUACAAAGGCCCCAGUCAGGAAGGAUCCAAGCUGCCCAUCCCAUGCCACGCAAAGGACACACCAACUGCCCCAAUGACGCCCCAAGUUUCCAGCCAUCAGCAGAGGCCCGGGGAUGGAGCAGCCUUGGGCCCUUCGGGUCGCGCCCGCAGCCACUCCACGCCACUGCCCCCCCAGCCCACUGGCCAGAGCAGAGUGGAAAAGGAACUCCCCAAUUCCCACAGCAUGAUCUGCCCCCCAGCCAAGCAGGCCCCUGUGCCAACCCCCCCGGCAGCCUCUACCCCCUCCAUGCUUCCGGUCAAAGAGAAGCCGGCCGUUUCGUACACUAUGGUCUACUCUGCCGUCAAGGUCACCACACACACAGCCCCAAUGGAGCAGAAGACUGAGAAGGAGAUUUCAGUGCUGCAUGGCUUGCUGUGUGCCCGCCCGUCCACAGUGCCCGCCUGCAGGCAGGCCCAGAGGGCAUACACGCUGCCUGAGCCUCCACCCCUGGGCAUGGUCUGGACUUAUCCUGCCCCCUGUGCGGGGCUGAAGCGCCCACCGGCCUACGAGAGCAUCAAGAACGUGGGUGCCAAAGCUUCCUCCGCGGUCAAGAUCCCCCUCCAGGACCGGACAUUCACCAGCGUUGCCUGCUCCCACCUCCUGCCCGGCGAAGACUGCCCCCGCCCAGCAGGAGAGGAGGAGGCGUUUGGGUGGGUGCUGCAGAGGAGAAUGGGCUAUGUGAACCGGAAGGUGAAAGAACCAGAAAAGGCCCCUGAUUGCCCUAAGGCUUUUGACGAGAGUGACACUGCUCCCCCCAGGAUGGAGAAGGAAGAAAAGGCUGGGUCGGGCCUGAUACAGUCCGCCAUCCCCGUCCGCACGCUGGGGCCUGAGGGCAUUGCUGUCAAGAUGCCCGGGGGACGGACAAACCUGCCUGUUCCCUGCCAGACCUUUCCUGCCUGUCACCGGAACGGAGAUUUCACUGGUGGUUACCUCCUGGGCCGCUCCGCAUCCACCUCUGGUGUUCGACAUGCUGUGGUUCACACACAGAGGCCGUGCAGCCAUCCCCGGGACCCUGCCAGUCUGGCUCUGCAGCAAUCACCACUGCUGGCCCCUGGGCCCCCCCAGGGCUCCCGCGAGCGGGACGGCAAGCUCCUGGAGGUGAUUGAGCGCAAGCGGUGCGUGUGCAAGGAGAUCAAGGCACGACAUCGCCCUGAGCGCACCCUGUGCAAGCAGGAGAGCAUGCCGAUCCUGCCCAGCUGGCGGAGGAAUACAGAGAACCGCAAGUCUGGGACGCCCCCCUGCCGCCGCCAGCAAACUGUGCUCUGGGACACAGCCAUAUGACGGCGCGGGGCUGAGCCCCGAGGAACCGGUGCCUUGUGCCAGCCAAGCUGGACACGGCGCAGGGCUAACUGCUGGCAGCGUGGUGCCCUGCCCGUGGGCCCUGGCCUGGGACUCACCAGAGACCAUGGGCUGCUUGGGUGCUGCCCACUGCUGGGCUAUGGCAAGAACACAACUGCUGGUGAAGCCCGGCAAAUGGCUCUUUAGCCAAGAUCCAGAAUCAAAAGCAGUGCUGGGAAUACCAGCAUGGAAAACCCGCUGCCUCGCCUCAAGGACCCUCUGUGGAAACGGCUGCCCCACAGGCCCACCCUUAGAGUGGGGAAUAGGUUGCCAGCUGGAACCCCUCGUCCUCCAAAGCAGCCACGUCUGUGCCAACAACCAACCCGUAAGAUGCUGCCAUUCAUCUUCCUUGGAGGGGAGCUAGCGUGGUAGCUGUGGGGAGGGCAGUCGUGCCCCUGUCGUCUUUGCCAGGAGGGAGGGCUCCAAGCCUCAGAGGCAGUUCCAGGUUCUCACAGGGGUUUUCUUCCAUCGCUGGGGAGGAGGGUGGGAAACAGGGCCGCCGUUUCCAUGCAGAGCCCAGACAGGAGUGGCUGCAGUGUCUCCCCCUUCAUCUGCCAGGCCGUUUGGUUGGCCAGUUCCUGGUCAGAGAUAGGACUUCAAACUGGGAUGCCUGAACACAAGCUGCCUCUCCAGCCCCAGGGGUGGGGCAGGGUGGAGAGAAGAAGAGCAGGCCCUUCAUAGCCUCCCCAUAAGGUUGAGCUGCUGCUUCACAGGCAUCUGUAUCUCUAACUGGGGCAGUCUCCAUCAGCUUACAAAAGAAGCAAAAAUUUCCCAGUCUGGCAGUGAAAUUAUGAAACCAGAGUUUUCUAGUCUAGCAAAUUGGAGGAAGGGGACACAAACUUUGGGUUGAAAAUGCAGUUUUCCAGAAACUUUUCUCCCCCAUAAUAAAAAUGUCAAUGUUUUCCCUCAUAGGAAAGCUUUGAUUUAGCCACAUCUCAUGUUUACAAAAAUGACUCGCCAUAGUGUCAUUUUCCUUCUUUCCCGCCCUGAUUUCUAAUGUUCUGAUUCAUUUUUCUUACCUUGAGAGCCAGUCGUUCUGGAUUUCAGCAGAUGCCGGGAGACUCAAGGUUCUGGAAUGCGUCACGUGCUGUCUUUACUCUCCUGCCGACUCCUCUCACUUAAAUCUGCUUUAAAAACCCCCUUUUCACUGCCCAGAGAAAUUAAACUGCAGGUUCAAUAUUUUUUUUUGGGGGGGGGGGGAAUAUUUCAGUGAAAAUGAGCCUCCUUUUCCACUGGAAUGGGGAGCGGCUUGGGUUUCGAGUGCUGUUAGAAUUGUGCUGCUGUUCAAAGUCGGCCAGUAGGGGAGGGGUUAUUGGGGGGGGAGAUGAGAAAACUCUCAUAUUUGUGUCUUCUCUGGGCAUCUGACCAUGAUACAAAGUCUGCAUUCUGAACUCCAGCCUGGCUUCUUGCCAUGGCAGCACUUCUCGCCCUCUUUGGGCACAGGCGGACUCCAGGGCCUCACAGGGUGGGUUUUGCUCAAGGUGGGUUAACAGGCAGGGUAGAGAUCAUGGUGGUGACUCCUGUUGCACUUCAAUGUUGUGAUCCUGCACUCAGUGCCUCCUUCAGAGGUGAGCACCUUCUUUAGACAUCACCCCUUCCUGUUCACGGAGCUAGUCAGUAGGGUCACAGGGGAGCCCCAGAAGGCUCACCAGUGUCAGGAACAUCCAAGCAGCAGCAGCCGCAGCUCUGUCCAUCCCAUCCCCUGGGCAGCCUCUGCCCUGCCUCUUGGCCCCACUUACGCAUCUCACCUGCCUUGUAGUCUGUCUCUUGUUUGUAUUCCUCUCCAUGAAUACCACCUCUUCCUGCUGAGCUUUCUCUCUCUGUCCUUGUGACGGCACAUGCUGGCAGAGGUGGAGUCAAGGGGUUUUCCUCUGCCAUGUGCCUGACAGCCCACCCAUGGCCGGUGGAGUUUUGUUCCGUGUCUUCAAAAUCACACCCUCAGCCAACAGAUAUGGGGAAUGAAGCUUUUGGAACUGGUCCGGGACCCUCCUAGCACCGUCCAUGCCAUCCCCUCGCCCACUUCUGCUUCAGAACCGAGUGCAAAUCCAUCUGCCACAAUUUCCUGUUAGCGUCCACAAGACACGGCUGGACCGGUUGGGGCGUUGGCAUGAAUUAGGGUUAAAAACUGUGUACGGCACCAUCAGGGUGAAGGAGAACCCAGUCGGGACUCCUUGGUUUUAUGCUCCAGCCCCUGAUUUAAAUAUUUCAUAAGAUUGUCUAGCGUAGCAAGAUGAUGAAACUGCUUUGCAAAAAUAUUUAUGCCGGGGAUUCGUGGGAGGGUAUUUAUAUAUUGAAAAACAAUGGAAAGAAAAUAAAACUGUCACACUGGGUUGCUCUA